AUGCUACAUCAUGUCAUUUUGGAAGAGCCACGUACAUGGCAUACAAAAAUACCAUUCAUUUUGUGGGCCUAUCGAGAAGUCCCCAACAGCACGACCGGCGUAGCACCUUUUCAGUUGUUAUAUGGACGAAAACCAGAAGGACCUUUAUCUAUUCUGAGGAACACUUGGGUGGCAGAUGAAGAGGUGAAGAUGCCUGAUGGUAGUCUGAGGCAUGUGCAUCAAAAUAAAAUGAGAGAAUUUAUUGCUAGCUCCGGAAGUGUGAACGUCAUAUUUGAAGGGGAAGAAGAAUUUGGUGACAUCGAAAAUACUCCAUUGAAAGAAGACUCCUUUUGGCAGGAAACCAGUGCAAUCGGGGAGCACGUGAUUGAACUUUUGCCCAAUAUUACUAGACGGAAACCGCAUUCCUACAGUGUUCCAAUGUCUUAUAGAGCAGAGGUGGACAGACAAGUGAAAGAACUGUUGGACUUACACUUGAUUGAACCUUCGAAUGCAGACAUUACAUAUCCUAUAGUAUGUGUGGCAAAGAAGGACGCAUCCAUUCGAAUGUGUAUUGACUAUAGAGCCCUUAAUGCUGUAACAAAAGUUCCUAAUUACCCCAUGAAAGAUACACAAGGAUUAGUUUUUACUGCGGGGAUGGCUCAAUGUAAAGCAUUCGCACGUAAAUAUGGUUUAAGGGAACAUUUACGCAUUCAUACAAAAGAACAACCUUAUGUCUGUGAUGUCUGCAACAAAGCAUUCGCUCUUGCUUUUUCUAUAUUUCCAUUAGAAACUCCACGAGAUAACCAUUGCAGAAGUCAGUCUUUCUUGGAUGCGGUAAUCUUCAUGGAUGAAGAAAAGCCUUACGCAUGUGAAGUCUGUAAUAACGCAUUCAACAAAAGAAGUGCAUUAACGCGACACUACCGUAUCCAUACAAAAGAUAAACCUUAUGUCUGUGAUAUAUGUAAUAAAGCUUUCGCUAAAAAACCUUAUGCCUGUGAAGUCUGUGGCAAUAAAUUCUCUCAAAUAAGUCAUUUAAAAACUCACUUACGUACGCAUACAAAAGAAAGGCCCUAUGUCUGUGAAAUUUGUGGCAAAGCAUUCAGCAGAAAAGACAAGUUAAUAAAACAUUUACGUACCCAUCCAGAAGAAGAGAUUUAACCUGCGGAGCUUGAGCGAAAUUUUAUUGAUAAUAACUAUUUUAAAACAGUUUCUUUCUAAUAUAAAAGGAAAUCUAACAAUAAUGAAGACUCUG